AUGGACCACGACCACAGUAACCACGUUGGCCAUAUCGGGCAGAACUCAGUGGUUGGCGGCUCCGCCCACCUGGAUCAUUUGCCCGUGGUUAGCGGUGAACAACAACACGGUUCGAUGCAUUCGAUGGCUUUCCAUUUCGGCAGCAUCGAGACGAUAUUGUUCAAUUUCUGGAAGACUGGUGAUGCUGGCGGUAUCAUCCUGUCUUGUGUUGUGAUCAUUGCGAUGUGCUUUCUCAUGGAAUUGGUUCGAUUUUUACGGACGUAUAGGUCAGCUCAACAACCAGCAACGAUGGGGGAUCGAUUGCGAUUUGAACCGACCGUGUCCAGCUUCGUAGUGUUCGAUGCGCUGCUACAUUUCAUUCAACUCGCCUUCUCCUAUUCACUUAUGCUUAUCUUUAUGUCAUUCAAUGGCGGCUGGAACGAUAUCGAGCCUUGGCAAGGAGAGAGGAGGAGUUUGAUGGGAUAUGCAUGGUAUCAAAAAGCUCGAGCAGUACUCAGGUUUGCGAUAAAAGGAUUCUCGAUGGAUAAAUAA